CAAUGAAUAAAUGACCUAAUUUUCCCGCCAAACAGAACUUUGAUCAAUCGCUUGUAAAAGACUAAAAGAUGCUUAAGUAUCUCUGUCAAACCCUAAAAUCAUCACCCAGAAACCCCAAAUCAAUGAUUCCAAUUUCUCAUUUCCAAAACCGCAAGAAAACCCAAAUCAUCAUUCCGGCCAUAGAUUUCAUAUUGGAUGAAUGUGCAGACCUCCCGUCAUCAAACCCCAUUAAAAAACCAACACAAGAUACACCGAAAACCGCAGAACCAGUUGACACUGAAACCUCGAGUAUUGUGAUUUCACAUCACUGGCCGGAAUGGGUUGGGUUGAUGGAGAAGUUGAUGAAAAACGGAUACUUCGAUGUCGUCGUGAAUCCAUUUCGAAGUGGAGAGUUGAUCCAUGGGAAGGGUUGUAAUCAAAUUCGAACCGCUUGCCUUAACUUUGCUCGUGAUCGGCCUGAUCUCAUGAGUUACUUCACGAAAGGGGACAUACACGUGGUUGCCGGAGCUGGCUGCCCCAGCAUAGAUCGGAAAGUUGUGAACUCUAGCAAACGGCUAAGGGCACACAUGGGUAUCGACGAAGGAAAUGUUUGCAGCAGUUGCAUUUUGAGGGGAAACUGUGAGAGAGCAUAUGUGAAGCCACGUGAAGAUGAAGGUGGUCGGACUGUUGAUGUGAUGCGUUUUGUACUCACCUAUGGCCUUCAUCAUCUCUAUGAUUCACCAGAUAAUGAACCUUUUAUGAACAAAAGGUUCGAGGAAGCAAUCAGAAGUUUAAUCAGAGAUAUGGUGAAGUAUAGCAAGGAAAAACUUGAUUUUGAUCCUUCAAAACGUGUUCACAGAAAUACAAAAAAUAGUUGUCAACUCCAUGAAAGACUUGAAACAUCAGGAGACAAUCCGGAUCAGGUUGAGCUGAAAAGGGGAGAUUGGCUAUGUAAAAGAUGCAAAUUUCUAAAUUUUGCCAAGAACACAAGAUGUUUGCAUUGCCAUACAAACCCACCAAAGAGACAACUCAAUCCAGGGGAAUGGGAGUGCGACUCAUGCAACUACAUAAACUUCAGGAGAAACACGGCAUGCUUGAAAUGUGAUCAUAAACGCCCAAAAGCAUUCAGAUAGUUGGAUUUGGAUCGAUCAAAAGAUGAAAGUAAUUUUUCAUAUCACAACAAGUAUACAUAAAUGUAUCACUGUGUUUUGUUCUAUUGUAUACAAUAUGUAAAUAAUGAUAUACGAAUGCAACAAUCCUUAUU